AUGUUAUCCUUCCAAUCCCCCAAACUUUUCAUCGUCUUCAUCGGCAUCUGUAUCACACAAUUCGCAUUUUCCAAUGCAGACAUAGCUAGAUGUAAAACAAGUUAUCAAUCACAAAGACCCUCACUCACAUCUGUCUGCGAGGAUGAUUACGCUAGAAAAUACGCCUGCGUCACUACAACAUGUGAUAACAGUGGUCGACAAUUUGUUCCAAUGAAGGGCUGUUUACACAACGGUGCAGGCGGUCAAAGUGAACAACAAUGUUCAGGAUACAAGCCUGGUAAAGACGGACAUUACGAAUGUACAAACUCAGGUGGUCAAACUUACCAAUGCCCUUAUUCACUCUUGAAUGUACCUUUCAUCACUUGUGGAGAUUGUUAUCUACCUUAA